AUGGAUCGUGUGGUCUUCUUCUUCCUCAUCGCAGCCACUUUAUUGGCCGUUAUCUCCGGCGAAGUAAACGACGGAUUAGAUAAUCCGAUCAGGCAAGUCGUCCCCGAGGUAAAGAGCGAUGAACAACUCCUCAACGCAGAACACCAUUUCACUCUAUUCAAAUCCAAGUACGAGAAGACUUACGCUACUCAGGAAGAACACGAUCAUCGAUUCCGUGUCUUCAAAGCUAAUCUAAGGAGAGCUAAGCGUCACCAGCUCCUCGAUCCGUCUGCUGUACACGGCGUUACUCAGUUCUCAGAUCUUACUCCGAAGGAAUUCCGCCGCAAUUAUCUAGGGUUAAAACGACGGUUCCGUCUUCCUACUGAUACUCAGAAAGCUCCGAUUCUUCCUACUAGCGAACUUCCGACGGAUUUCGAUUGGCGUGAACAAGGAGCCGUCACUCCUGUUAAAAACCAGGGUAUGUGUGGAUCAUGCUGGUCGUUUAGCGCAACUGGAGCUCUUGAAGGAGCACAUUUUCUAGCGACUAAAGAGCUUGUUAGCCUCAGUGAGCAGCAGCUCGUAGAUUGUGACCAUGAGUGUGAUCCAGAAGAAGCCAAUUCAUGUGACUCUGGUUGUAGUGGAGGACUAAUGAACAAUGCUUUUGAGUACGCUCUCAAAGCUGGUGGUCUUAUGAAGGAAGAAGAUUACCCUUACACAGGACGUGACCAUUCCGUUUGCAAUUUCGACAAGAGCAAGAUCGCUGCAAGUGUGGCUAAUUUCAGUGUUGUCUCUGCGGAUGAAGACCAAAUCGCUGCAAAUCUAAUCAAGCAUGGUCCUUUAGCUAUUGCUAUCAAUGCUAUGUGGAUGCAAACUUACAUUGGAGGAGUUUCGUGUCCGUAUAUAUGUUCAAAGAGCCAAGACCAUGGAGUACUCUUGGUUGGGUUUGGUGAGUCGGGUUAUGCACCAAUCCGUCUUAAGGAGAAGCCUUAUUGGAUCAUAAAGAACUCGUGGGGAGCGAUGUGGGGCGAGCACGGUUACUACAAAAUCUGCAGGGGACGUCAUAAUAUUUGUGGUAUGGAUACAAUGGUCUCAACUGUUGCAGCUGCUCAUAUCUCAACUCAGUAG